AUGUCAAGCGCAGAGGAAUUGGCUGCGGAAUACGAACGAGGUGAUUUAGAAGUUGGAAAAGGUAGUGCAAAACGCAGUAAGGUUGGAUAUUUCGCAGAGAUUCGCCCGAAGACCGUCUUCUCCGAGAGUUUCGUUGGCCUUGAAUUUCUAGAUAAUAGAUUAUUUCGUAUUUCUGCUGGCAGUUCGCAGUUGCAAACUUGUGGCUCGAUGAUCGGUUCAGCUGCAUCCUGA